AUUUCACCAAUAAAAAGUGAGUGUGAUCCUUGUAUUCUUGAUGGAGAUCGAAAACUUGUAGAAGUUCUGGGCUAACUUGAAGCUGAGAAGUAUCACUAGGAAAGGACCAUGAAAGACAACGAUCAAGUGAGGGAGGUUGCAGCGUUGGCAGUUGAACAACCAUGGAUAAAGUUGGUACAGCUAGCAGUUGCUACUUCAACUGCGAGGAAGUCCAACGAAUGUACAAAGUCUUCAUGUUUUCUUGACGUUUCUGGUUUGCCUGAUAUGCAGCCUGGGAGGCAACAGCGGUGGACAAAUAUUUGUUCCGAGCUUCGAGGAGUUGAGUGGAGCUUGGAUAGUGAUGCAUCCAAUACUGCUGUCUUGGUUGCUAGUGAGGCCCAUGCAGUGACAUUGGCAAUUGAAGGCCUGCUUGGAAUUGUUUUUGCUGUGGCCACUUUGACUGAUGAGGCAGUAGAUUUUGGUGAGCUUGAAUCACCGAGAUUUGAGGUUGGUCCACCAACAAAAUGCACAGGAAAGACGGCAAUGCUUUGUACUUCUAUGGUAGAUUCGAUGUGGCUGACCAUUCUUGAUGCUCUGUCCUUCAUCUUGACGAAGUCUCAAGGUGAAGCUAUUGUGUUAGAAAUAUUGAAGGGUUAUCAAGCAUUUACACAGUCUUGUGGUGUUCUCCGAGCAGUUGAGCCUUUGAAUUCUUUUCUUGCAUCGCUUUGCAAAUUUACAAUCGGCAUCCCAAAUGAAGUUGAAAGGAGAAGGUAGGAAUCUUGACUAGUAGUCCCACUUUCAUAUCCUUCCUCUUUGCUUGUUUUGUGGGUGAGAUCAAUACAACUUGUCAACAACAAAGAUAGUAUAAUCCC